AUCCACAACCAAAACAGCAAUCACUCAACUCGAGCAAAACAUGUCGCGUCCGCCAGCUGGAGGCGCUCAGCCGCGCCCAGCUCCACGACGCCCAUCCGCCUCAGUCGCAGCGUCGGGCUCGCGCCCAGCCGCGCCCAUCAAGGCUCCCCGGCCCGCAAUGCCAUCGGCGCGACCUCCCCCCGGCCGCGUUGCGCCAGCAGCAGCCGCCGCAUCUGGAUCUCGCCCGCCCGCCAAGCAGCCUCUCGGACCAGCAAAGACCUUGCCCCCACCCGUGUCCAACCUGCAGGAGGGGGAGGAGGAGUGGGCCAACCUCAUGAAGACGACGCACGACGGAGCCAAGCGUGCCGACUGGUACGCGCGCGGCGUCAAGUCUGUCGAGGACAAGUGGGAACUUCUGCCUGCCUUCCUCAAGGUCAAGGGUCUUGUCAAGCAGCACCUCGACUCGUUCAACUACUUUGUGCACACGGACAUCAAGGCCAUCCUGCACGCCAACAACCUCAUCAUCUCGGACGUCAACCCGCGGUACUACAUUCGAUACACCGAUAUCCGUAUCGGCAAGCCUGUGCGAAAGGAGAUGGGUACGCAGCAGUCGCGCAUUACGCCCAUGGAGUGCCGCCUCACGGACGGAACGUACUGCGGUGGCAUCUACGUCGACAUCGAGUACACGCACGAGGACAAGAUCAGGCGGCAGAACAAUAUCCCCAUUGGUUCUUUGCCCAUCAUGCUUCGCUCUGAUCUCUGCCACUUGGCUAGCAGGAACGACCAAGACCUCGCGCGCAUGGGCGAGUGCCCGCUGGACCCCGGAGGCUACUUUGUUGUCCGCGGCACAGAAAAGGUCAUUCUCGUCCAGGAGCAGCUGAGUAAGAACCGUAUCAUCGUCAUGACGGACCCCAAGAAGGAUGUGGUCACGGCCGAAGUCACAUCGUCGACCCACGACCGUGUCGUCAAGACAUAUGUCACGACAAAGGCAAAGCGCUUGUACCUCCGCCACAACUCGUUCAAGGAGAUGAUCCCGAUCGUCAUUGCGCUCAAGGCGAUGGGUAUCACGUCCGACAAGGAGAUUCUCCAGUUGACGUGUGGCUCGGACGAGCGGUACCAGGAGGCGUUUGGUGUGUCUCUUGAGGAGGCGGCUAGGCUCCGCAUCUACACCCGCCGCCAGGCCCUCGAGUGGAUCGGUGCGCGCGUUUCGCCAGGACAGGAGAAGGAGGACCGCAGCUUGCCCCAGAAGCUCACCCCCGUCGACAUUGCCAUGCAGGCCCUCGCGGCCAUGGUGCUCGGUCACGUUCCCGUCCGGGACAUGAACUUUAGGCCAAAGUCGAUCUACCUCGCGACCAUGGCGCGCCGUGUUCUCGCGGCCAUGAUCGACCCCAAGAUGGUCGACGACCGCGACUAUGUCGGAAACAAGCGUCUCGAAUUGGCUGGUCAGCUCCUUUCGCUCCUGUUCGAGGACUCGUUCAAGACGUUCAACAGCGACCUGAAGAAGAAGAUGGACAAGAUCUUGGAGAAGAAGAACCGCACGGCGUUCGACGCGAGCAAGCUCUUCACAUUGCUGCCUGGCCAGCAGAGCAUCACCGAUGCCUUCAACCGCUCCAUUUCGACGGGUAACUGGUCGCUCAAGCGUUUCCACGUCGAGCGCGCCGGUGUCACCCACGUUCUCUCGCGUCUGUCCUUCAUCGCCGCGCUCGGUAUGAUGACGCGUAUCACGUCCCAGUUCGAAAAGACUCGAAAGGUCUCGGGUCCGCGUGCACUUCAGCCCUCACAGUGGGGUAUGCUCUGCCCGUCCGAUACACCAGAAGGAGAAGCCUGUGGUCUGGUCAAGAACCUUGCUCUUAUGACCCACAUUACCACCGACGUGCCCGAGGAGCCGCUUUUCCGCCUCGCGUUCAUGCUCGGUGCCGAGGACAUCUCCCUGCUCACCGGCAACGAGCUGUACCGUCCCGGCGUGCACCUCGUCCAGGUCAACGGUUCGCUCAUCGGUGCCACCAACCAGCCCAAGAAGUUUGUCCACGCCUUCCGCAAGCUCCGUCGUUCAGGCCGCACCUCCGAAUUCGUCUCCAUCUACAUCAACCACCACCACAAGGUCAUCUACAUUGCCUCGGACGGUGGUCGUAUCUGUCGCCCGAUGAUCAUUGUCGAGAAUGGCCAGUCUAAGGUCACGUCGGAGCACAUGGCGCUCCUCAAGGCCGGCAAGGUCACGUUCGACCACUUCCUCCGCUCCGGUCUCGUCGAGUACCUCGAUGUCAACGAGGAGAACGACUCGUUCAUCGCCUGUUACGAGAACGAGAUUACCGAGGACACGACGCAUCUCGAGAUCGAGCCGUUCACCAUCCUCGGCGCCGUCGCUGGUCUUAUCCCCUAUCCGCACCACAACCAGUCGCCCCGUAACACUUACCAGUGUGCAAUGGGCAAACAAGCCAUUGGUGCCAUUGCCUACAACCAGCUCAACCGUAUCGACACGCUGCUGUACCUCAUGACAUACCCGCAGCAGCCAAUGGUCAAGACCAAGACGAUCGAGCUGGUCGGCUACGACCGCCUUCCUGCCGGCCAGAACGCCACCGUUGCCGUCAUGUCCUACUCGGGCUACGAUAUUGAGGACGCUCUGAUUGUCAACCGCGCGUCUGCGGACCGCGGUUUCGGUCGUUGCCACGUGCUCAAGAAGCAGACUAUCCAGCUCAAGCACUUCAACAAUGGCACUGCCGAGCGUCUGGCUAUGCUCCCUCCCGACCAGCGUCCCGACUCGCACUCGUGGCUCGACCAGGACGGUCUCGUCGCGCCAGGUUCGGUCGUGGCGCAGGGCGACGUCCUCGCGUCGCGCGAGACGCCGCUCGACACGCGCGGCACGGUCGCUGGCUUCAAGCCUUCGCCCGUGGUGCACAAGCUUCCCGAGCCUACCAACAUUGACAAGGUCAUGGUCACGGAUAACGAGGAGGGCCAGUUGAUCAAGAUUCUCACCCGCCAGACUCGUCGCCCAGAACUUGGAGACAAGUUCUCGUCGCGUCACGGUCAGAAGGGUGUCUGUGGUUUGAUUGUUCCGCAGCAGGACAUGCCAUUCAACGACCAGGGUAUUUGCCCCGACAUUAUCAUGAACCCACACGGUUUCCCGUCUCGAAUGACGGUCGGAAAGAUGAUCGAGCUCCUCUCCGGUAAAGCCGGCGUCGUCUCGGGCAAGCUCCAGUACGGUACGGCGUUUGGCGGCUCCAAGGUCGUCGACAUGUCCAAGAUUCUCAUCGACAACGGCUUCUCGUACGCCGGCAAGGACAUGCUACAGAGCGGCAUCACUGGCGAGCCGCUCGAGGCCUACGUCUACUUUGGCCCCAUCUACUACCAGAAGCUCAAGCACAUGGUCAUGGAUAAGAUGCACGCGCGUCCGACGGGUCCCAAGGCGAGCUUGACGCGCCAGCCCACCGAAGGUCGUUCCAAGGACGGUGGUCUGCGUCUCGGUGAAAUGGAGCGAGACUGUCUUAUUGGUUACGGCGCGACGCAGCUCCUGCUCGAACGUCUCAUGAUCUCGUCGGACGCGUUCGAUGCCCAGGUGUGCGAAAAGUGCGGCAUGCUCGCCUACUCUGGCUGGUGCAAGGGCUGCGCGAGCUCCAAGGCGGUCGUCAAGAUCACGAUGCCGUACGCGGCCAAGCUGCUGAUCCAGGAGCUGAUCGGCAUGAACAUCAUGCCCAAGCUCAUGAUGGAGGAUACGGUGUAGUGCGGGGGCGCAUCGAGGAGGGGGACGUCGGGGGACGUCGGUGGACGUCGGUCAUGUCUACAGUCAUUAUUGGUACAACAACACAUUGCAUGCAUAGGUUUCGGAAU